AUGAGGUGUGCCAGUGCAGAGUCGAGUCGCUUUCCGGGAGGUGUUGGAGCGGUUGUGGCGGUGAGUGACAUUAUCUCUGGUGUGGGUUCCGGUGUGCCAGAGGAGAUGAUCGAAGGGGAGGAAUUUAAGACGCGGUGUAGCAACAUGAAGGAUGCGAUUGAGUCGCUACGAGUGAAAGAGAAUGUGAAGGAGGCUGAUGACGAAAUCUCGUUUAUGACGGUGGCAUGGAUGACUAACCCGUGGAGCAGCUCCCGUCGAGAGGAUUGGUUGAAUGAUGCAUUCGGACAAUUUCCGUUGAGGAAUAGGAGGAAGUCAGACUACUUUGUUGGUGCUGACAAGGUCGAGCCACAGGGCUUUAUGGAACUGUGGAUGCCGUGGGCGUGGGAAACCAAGGACAAUUUCAAGCUGAUGACCUCAACUGCGUAUUAUGGGAUACAGAACGCCAGUGCCGACGUUCAGUUGGAAGAUGGCACAGUCGUAGCUCUCAAACCCUACAAUUCCAUUAGUAACGGGGGUAAGACGGUUCGGCACAAGGCGUGGCGAAGUCACAAAGGGUUGGCUUGGCGAGUGACCUCCCCCAGCGGCACACAGUAUCAUUCGAGCGCGCGGCGGAAGCGGACGAAGACUCCGAAACUGCCUCCUCAGAAUCCGCCCAGUGGGCACUUCCGUCUGGUGCCUGUGAAAGUUCACAGGUGUCAGCGACUGUUUCAAAUUCUGGGCCCGUACAGAUUCAAACAGUUGGUAGACCGGUUCCUACUACUCUGCGUCGACUUCGGAAGAUGUUCCGGAGUUUUAGACGACGGACGCAAGUUCGACCUCAUCCCAACUAAAAAAGGCUUCCUGUGGCAGAUAGAUGGAAACGUUAUACAUCCUCAUAGUGCUGCUGCACAGUCAUAG